GCUGUUUUCUCUCUCCUCGUUACCUCAUUCUCUCUCUUGGGCAUAGCUGAUCGCCAUCGAUCUCUGAUCUCAAUCCUAGAUUUGUAACCCUUUCAUCUGAAAUUUCUUUGAAUUCCGGCGAUUUGAUCGCCGGAUCUGGUCUUAUCUCCUCGAAUUCGCGUGGAUUCGCGCGAGCGAAGAAAUCAAGGAUGUUUCUUGUAGAUUGGUUCUAUGGCGUGCUGGCGUCUUUGGGAUUGUGGCAGAAAGAGGCCAAGAUCUUGUUUUUAGGGCUCGAUAACGCUGGGAAGACAACGCUUCUUCAUAUGCUGAAGGAUGAGCAGAGAUUGGUUCAGCACCAACCGACGCAGUAUCCGACGUCAGAAGAGCUGAGUAUUGGGAAGAUCAAAUUCAAAGCGUUUGAUCUUGGUGGUCACCAGAUCGCGCGCCGUGUUUGGAAGGAUUAUUACGCCAAGGUGGACGCUGUUGUUUACCUAGUGGAUGCAUUUGACAAGGAGAGGUUUGCAGAGUCGAAGAAGGAGCUGGAUGCACUCCUUUCGGAUGACUCCCUUGCAAACGUACCAUUUCUCAUCCUGGGAAACAAGAUAGACAUCCCAUAUGCAGCUUCAGAGGAGGAGCUGCGCUUUCACCUGGGACUGAGCAACUUCACAACCGGAAAGGGCAAAGUCAAUCUUGUGGACUCCAAUGUCCGUCCCCUUGAGGUUUUCAUGUGCAGCAUCGUUCGCAAGAUGGGCUAUGGCGAUGGCUUCAAGUGGCUCUCACAGUACAUCAAGUAGGGACAGCCCAUGAUGAGUGAAGAACUAGGUAAAGGGUUCCUCUGUGUAGGCAUUAUUAUUAUCAGUCUCCGCCCUAAACCUUUCUAUAUCCUCCCGCACUGCUCUCUACUCAGGGUUUUGACUGGAGUUGUCCUUUGUUUUUGUUUCCCUAUUUUCUGUUUUCCUAUCGCAAACUUGUUUCGUGGUGUUAUAUUUGGAACGAGAACCCUGGAAACAGUGUAUAGUGGGACCUUAAUGUUAUAUCACCUGAUACACUGGGCUAUCCAAUUGUUGGGUUGCUUUUCAUUUCCCUUUGUUAAACCAUAUACUUUUUCUUUGUAUUAUUUAUUAAUUAUUACAAGUGUUAGUUUGUUAGUUAUCGUUGAAUGUACUAAAACAUUCUUGUUCA